UAUAAUACAUUGCUGACGACUUGUAGGUUAAUAAUUUUUUAUCUAAAUAGGCAAUCAAAAUUCCAAAAGUAAAACCAUUCAUGGCUAACAGAAUGAAAGGAAUAAAGCAAGUUAGGAAUAAAAAACUUUUACCCGAUUUACGAAAAGAGGGAGAACUGAGCAAGGACAUUGUUUUGUCUACUAAAGAAAAGCACGGAGUUUCCGCAGGAUCCCGUCUUUACUCUCAUCAUACUUUAGCCAGCGUCAGAAAACUAAGUUUCUUUCAUCCGUUUUUCUUGCCAGAAGACAGUCUCGAUAUAGUCCUUGCUGCUGUAUACAAUCACUCAACUGAACGCUUCGCUGACAAGGAGGAUCUUUACUUACAACCCGAAACAAUCGGCUGCGGUACAUGGAGACGUUUAAGAAAUACUUAUGAUAAGCUACCGCCAGUUGUUAUUCCUCUGGUAUUGUAUUUCCUACUCAAUUAUUUAAAUAGGGUCAUCCUAUGAAACGUGGAGGUAUCACGGAAAAACGGUCACCCUUUAGCGUAAAGUUGAUGAAUUCUGGAGUGCAUUCUUCACAGACCAAUCCAGGAUACAGUAGACAGCCAGCUGGAGGCGCUAUCUUCUUCUAUUAAAUUAUUUGAAAACAUAAUAAAGACAACCCUUAGAACAUUAGGGCAAAAA